AUGGUCUGGGAUGAUUUCUUACUGACCGGGUUACCGCAGGAACCGAAGCAUGCAUGGAUUUGGCGAGGAAAACGACAGGGUGGGUCUGGGCUUGGCGGGGUUGGUUGGACCGAGCGCCUCUCGUCCGCCUGCAGAAGGAAGGAAAAGAAGCCCCAGAGAAGAUCCGAAAUUGUAAUCGUGGGUAAUGGGCGUGGUGCUUUUUUUUUGUUUUUCCACCAUUUUUCCCUGCCCUCCUUCGGCCUUGCCCUGCCGUGCCAGAGUGUGGCGACCACUCCUGACCACACCCUAACCCGGUCACUCGCUCCCAAACCUGGCGCCGCUCUCCCGCCUCUUUUACCCUGCGAAUCGUCAUUUACUACUCGCUGA